AUGUACUCAGUGAAUCCCUCACAAGAGUAUGAAGAUAGGCAGGCGCACCAUCGCGGCAAGGCUCUCCAACUUCUGAAGCAGGACCUUGAGCGACAGAAGGCCGGUGAAGGCGGGGUUAUGAUCUUUGAAGAUUGUAAUGUCGCUCAAAUCCUGCUGCAUCUUCUGCACUCCAUAUGUGACGGCAACACGUCAGGAGAAUACCGGAUGCAUAUGGUCGCUGCGAAGCAGAUCGCGAUGACACAAAAGUCUAGUAAUCCCGAGUUUCAGUCUCUCUUCGACGAGUUCUUCUACUACCACUGGAUUGCUAGUCAGAUCACCUCCCUUGAUGGCAAUGACGUACCGAUGAUGGAAAACUUUAGCCUUCCUUUCGAGAUCAACCCUGAAACCGCUGCGCUCAUUGGUGUUUCAGAUGGUCUGUUCGGCUUCAUCUCUAAGAUCAGCAAUCUACGACGGAGACUGCGCAUUCGCAUCGACGAGAAGACCGAGCCUACUAUGGAUUACGAGGCUUUGCUUGCGGCCCACGCGAUCGACAGUGGCUUGCGUACUUGGGUUUGCCCACAGACACCGGGCACUCCUCGUUACACUUUAUCUAUGCUGUACCGCCAGGCGACCUGGGUGUACCUCUACCGUACAACGAAAGUGUCACGCCCACAUCCUUACAUAAAAAAUGCCGUGGACGAUGGCAUUCGAUACAUUAAUGAACUGCCUGCCGAAGGCUGGAUUCAGAGCAACGUCUUACUGCCGCUAUUUUUAAUCGGUUGCGCUGCAUUUGAGGAGCAACAACGAGUAGAGGUCAAUCGAGCAUUCACUGGCCUCAUCGCAUGCACGGGGCUUGGUAAUAUUGGCUUCGCGAAAGAGGUGGUGGAUGACAUAUGGAAGCUUAUGGACGCUGGUGAUGAGGAAUCAUGGGACUGGGAAAAGAUCAUCAAUGCGAAGGGUUGGGACUUUUUGGCUACAUGAACAGGCGGGUUCGAUCACUAUUGCGCAACGCCCCUCGGUUUACGUUUUCGAUUUUGGGAUUUUGGCGAUGUCCUUCUAGGAGCAAAAGGAGUUUGGUGUGCAGGAGACUACAUUCAAGCAUCGGCCGGCACGUCCUGAGCGUCUCGUAGGCGACAUGCUACGACCGAUGAUUGAGUUGCAUUGGGUAGGCUUAUUUCGCAUACAACGGCCGGAUCAGGUACGAGCCGAUUGGCAAAAUGGGCUCUGUUUGUGUAUCAUUUGCGUCGCUUCGGCGAUUACUUCUCUUUGAGUACUUUUUUUUACAGCUCGUCGCCCACAUUGCGACAGGGUUUUCGGUCUUGGUCGGCAAUGUCUGCGCGCACAUACAUCUUGCAUUUGGUUGGGCACUGUUGUACACAUGGCAGGGACAUAUUCGUUGCGGGUUUGCAGUUCGUGCAUGGCUGACGACGCAGGAGGCAGAACAGGUUCCUUGAUUCGCGACAGCAUGAAGUGCCAGCUUCUCCUGCCGCUGAAAAAUGCAAGAUUAACCCACUCUUCGUCUCC